AUGCUACCUCCGGUCCUAUCGUUAUUCAACCGGCGAAUUGUCAGACGUCAGGUGAAUCUUGGCGUACGCGCCGAGCCGAGUCCCCCCGAUCUUAUGUUGUCCAGACUGUCGCGUUUCCUGGCAGGCCGCAGGUUGGAUACAGCUCUCUGGGCGUGUCCACGUAGUUACAGUUCUUCCACCUGCCAUACAAUCUCUAAUUCUGUGAAAACGACGAAUCGUCCACGUAAGUCACCACUUGUUGGCAGACAAGCGCCACUCACACUAACACCGGCCGCGGUUGUGCGCAUAAAGGAAUUGCUCAGACAACGUCCAGAUGCUGUUGGGCUGCGUGUCGGCGUAAAGACACGUGGUUGUAGUGGGUUAUCGUAUACGUUGGAGUUCUGUACCGACGGGCAGCGUGAGGGAGACGAAGCGGUGGAACAAGAUGGUGUCAAGGUUUUUAUUGAUCGCCGAGCACAACUAAGUCUUCUUGGAACUGAAAUGGAUUUUCAAGAGGGAGUUCUUGCCAUUCUUGCUAAACCAAAUGUGGCUUUAUUGCACCAAGAUUUUAUGCUUCUUACGGAACGAACCGGGUGUGUCAACGGAAUCAGUUAUAGGCUAGAACACACUUGGCAGCCAUUGGAAAAGUGCAAAGGGUAUGGAAAUCAACACAAAAUCAACGACCAAUUCAUGGCAAGUUCUCGGUGA